UUACGUUUGUUUAUCAUACAAUAAAUAUUAUCCUCUUUCCUCUGGUGAGUGUUCGAGGGACGUUUUCAUUUUCGAAUUUAACGUUUCCACGCGUAUCCUUAAGAUGCCGGAGGCGUCCGCUAAAAAAUCCAGCAAAUCGGCCGCAAAGGUCAAAACCACUGAGAAAGUCGUAGAGUCGGCCGACAAGGUGAAGAAGGUAGUCAAACAAAAGAGACGCCAGAAGAGGCCUUAUGGACGUUUGUAUGCCAGAGCCGUGUUCACAGGUUUCCGCAGAGGACUCCGUAACCAACAUGAAAAUACUGCUCUGCUCAAAGUAGACGGAUGUGAUUCCAAGUCUGACUCGUGGUUCUAUGUUGGAAAACGUGUCGCUUAUGUAUACAGGGCUAAAAGAUUAGUUUCUGUACCUGGACGCCCAAAGAAGAAGUCCAAGGUCCGUGCUAUUUGGGGCAAGGUAACCCGUCCUCAUGGUGCCACUGGAUCAGUACGAGCUAAAUUUAAGACCAACCUUCCUGCUAAAGCUAUGGGUCACCGCGUCAGGAUUAUGUUGUAUCCUUCUCGUAUAUAAGCUCUUGUAACACAAUUGACAAUUUUAAGUUUAAAAAAAAAAUAAAACAAAAAAAAUUGUAUAAUUUUGUAUACGUA